CUACAGUAGAUUUAGUAACUUAUCUGUAAUUCGGUUUUUCUAUUCUUCGGGUAAAGAACUGAAGUGCCUAGCAACAAGUUGUGAACAUUAAAGUGACUGGUGAGCUUCACACGAUGCACGUCGCUUUUCAACUUUCUACCCUUGGUGAGCAUAAAGAGCUUAGACUGUUCCGAGGCUUUUGUUUUCAAGGCAUUUGCCCGCUGCGACACUGCGCUGCACUACAGCGCUCUUGUGGUGAACCGCGGUAGUGCAAGCUAUAAAGAUUAGCCCAAAGCCGCUAGCUAAGCUAGCAGCGACCUUGCUAAACCCAAGAAAAGAUAGAAGGUUGAGGCUUAAAAGAUGGACUAAAAUUUCCGCACGGGUUACACCAGACUGGAUUACGGCCAACGCUUCGGGAGAGAAUGUUAUAUAGAUAUAUUUUUUCCAGUAAAGUAUCGUUCACUUAACUAGUUAACCUAACCGAGCUAAUGUUACUCUGAAGAUGCAGGCUGGAUGUCGGAGGCGACGGAAUACGGCGUUUUAGCACCGGUUACAUUUUUUUUUAAAGGAAGUAACAUUUAAUUCUCUUACUGUAACAACUCAUAUACCUACUGGAAUGCGGAUUUGUUGGCUAAACGCGACGUAAACCGAGUUUUUGGACGAAAUCUGAUGCUAGUCACAUAGCCGGCUAGCUAGCCAACGUUUUAAGAAAUUGUCUCAGGAAAUUCGUCCCAGCCGAUUAGAGAAGCGUCUACUCUGUUGAUAUUACAGUGCAAGUAACGUUACUGCUGAAUUAAGAGGAGGAAAUGCGUCUAGCAACGCUCGACAGGAAGCAUUUUGUACGUUGUUUCGAGGUAAAUGUUUAGCCUACCAAGAUUCAAUUCACUGUUUAUAAAUGAACACCGAGGACUUCUCUGUCCGGUAGUGUUAAAGCAGGGGAGUGGUGUGGGAGUGCUGCGCUCCGGAUCAGUCUGCAGUUAAACAAGAUGAUGGACAACUAUCUUAAGGACAUUUAAUGGCAUUUAAGGACUUUUUCCCCUUUCUCCCUCCGAAUAACGACUUGACCUUACUGUGACUGUUUUGGAGGUGCUGGAACUGUUGUGGUGCGUUCAAGACGUGGCACGAAAUGGAAAUGUUUUCAUUGUUCGUGCCGAAGGCCACGAUCAUGGCGAAGAGACAAAUCAAAUAGUUCCUUGUCUCCUCUUUUUAUUAUUUGUUACGUCUUUUGCGAGGUAUUCAUACAUGGGACACCGACAGCCUGGACUUGAAAAGUAUACUUAGCCCCAUGCACCUUUAAAUGGCUGAAAAUCGCAUGAUUGUAAAGUAAAGAACACGACUUUAGCACAUCAUGUCUAUGUACGCUGAAUUCGUCCCUCCUCCCGAGUGUCCCGUUUUUGAGCCCAGCUGGGAAGAUUUUUCGGAUCCGUUGGGGUUUAUAAGCAAGAUACGACCCAUUGCGGAGAAAACAGGCAUCUGCAAGAUCAGACCACCUCAGGACUGGCAGCCUCCCUUUGCUUGCGAUGUGCGCAACUUUCGCUUUACUCCCCGAGUCCAGCGGCUCAAUGAACUUGAGGCGCUCACUAGAAUCAAACUUAACUUUUUGGAUCAAAUUGCAAAGUUUUGGGAGCUCCAGGGUUCAAAACUGCGUUUUCCUCAUGUGGAGAAAAAAGUACUGGACUUGUAUCUUCUCAGCAAGGUUGUGUCUGCUGAAGGAGGUUUUGAAAUGGUCUGUAAGGAGAAACGUUGGUCUAAGGUAGCCACUCGCAUGGGUUAUCCAUCUGGGAAGGGCAUGGGCUCUCUACUUCGUUCUCACUUUCAAAGGAUCCUCUACCCCUAUGAACUCUUCCAGUCUGGAGCUUCACUCUCUGGCAUUCACCGUUUGUACCAGGAGGGAGAUGAAACUGAGGACAUAGAUGAAGGAAUAGAAGGUGGCUAUGAGGAAGAAGAGGACGAUGAAGAAGAGAAGCCAAGAGAGAAGGAAGGCAGGGAAAGGGACUGCCUUGGUGACAGACCACAGAACAAGGAGCAUCCUAUUCCAGAGAGACGCUCACGACGCCUCAAGUCAGAGAGAGAGAACAAAGAGCCCAAAAGCCUGCAGAUCUUUGGCAGCACUCCCAAGGUGGUUGGACUGGAGAUUGUUCCAGCUGAUGAUGGGUUUAUUAAGAAGCAGCGGCAUCUCAAGGCUCAAGCAUUUGCCAUUAAGAUGCGGCCACGCAAAGAGACUCUGGAAGUCAAUUUUAUCGACCUGUACAUGUGCAUGGCGUGCGGACGUGGUGAUGAAGAGGACCGCCUCCUGUUGUGUGAUGGGUGCGAUGAUAGCUACCACACAUUCUGCUUGAUUCCACCCCUUCAAGAUGUGCCCAAGGGUGACUGGCGUUGUCCCAAAUGCAUAGCAGAGGAAUGCAGUAAACCUCGAGAGGCAUUUGGUUUCGAGCAGGCUGUACGCGAAUACACCCUUCAGAGCUUUGGCGAGAUGGCAGACCACUUCAAAUCAGACUAUUUCAACAUGCCAGUUCAUAUGGUUCCCACUGAGCUGGUGGAGAAGGAGUUCUGGAGACUGGUGUGCAGUAUAGAAGAGGAUGUAAUAGUGGAGUAUGGAGCAGAUAUCAGCUCCAAAGAUGUGGGAAGUGGAUUUCCUGUCCGAGAUGGAAAAAGGAGACUUAUAGGGGAUGAAGAGGAUUAUGCCAAUUCGGGAUGGAAUCUGAACAAUAUGCCAGUGCUGGAGCAGUCUGUGCUUGCACACAUUAAUGCAGACAUUUCUGGCAUGAAAGUACCCUGGCUUUAUGUGGGCAUGUGCUUCUCUUCCUUCUGCUGGCACAUUGAGGACCACUGGAGCUACUCAAUUAAUUACCUGCACUGGGGAGAGCCUAAGACCUGGUAUGGUGUUCCAGCCCAUGCAGCAGAGCAGCUGGAAGCAGUGAUGAAGAAACUCGCUCCAGAACUGUUCGACUCACAGCCAGACCUCCUUCACCAGUUGGUCACUAUCAUGAACCCCAAUGUUCUUAUGGAACAUGGUGUCCCGGUGUAUCGGACUAAUCAGUGCGCCGGGGAGUUUGUGGUGACCUUCCCAAGAGCUUAUCACAGUGGUUUCAACCAGGGUUACAACUUUGCUGAAGCUGUCAACUUCUGUACUGCAGACUGGCUGCCCAUGGGCCGCCAGUGUGUAGCACACUACCGGCGUCUGCAGCGCCACUGUGUGUUCUCCCAUGAGGAGCUUCUGUGCAAGAUGGCAGCAGACCCAGAGAGCCUGGACGUGGAGCUGGCUGCAGCUGUGUACAAAGAGUUGGGAGAGAUGAUGGAUGAGGAGAGCAGGCUCCGACAGGCCAUCAAUGACAUGGGGGUGCUGUCCUCAGAGCAAGAGGUGUUUGAGCUUGUCCCAGAUGAUGAGCGGCAGUGUUACAAAUGUAAAACCACUUGUUUUCUGUCCGCACUGACCUGCUCCUGCAGCCCUGAUCGCCUGGUGUGUCUGUACCAUGCAGCUGACCUCUGCGACUGUCCUCUCACAAACAAGUGCCUCAGAUACAGAUAUGAUCGGGAGGAGUUCCCUGCAAUGCUGUAUGGAGUGAAGUCACGUGCCCAGUCCUACGAAACCUGGGCCAAGAGAGUCACUGAGGCAUUGGCAGCCGACCACAAGAACAAGAAAGAUCUGAUUGAGUUGAAAGUGUUGCUGGAGGAUGCAGAGGACAGGAAGUACCCAGAGAACAGUCUGUUUCGCAAGCUGAGAGAGAUGGUGAAGGAGGCAGAGACCUGUUCCUCUGUAGCCCAACUGCUGCUAAGUCACAAACAGAGACACAAAAGGGAGCGCACGGAGAGCAGCCGUAUGCGCACUAAGCUGACAGUGGAGGAACUGAAGGCAUUUGUGGAGCAACUGUUUCGCCUGCCCUGCAUCAUCAGCCAGGCACGACAGGUCAAAGAGCUGCUGGAGAAUGUAGAAGACUUCCAUGAGCGGGCACAGGUGGCCCUGACGGAUGAGACCCCAGAUUCGAGCAAGCUGCAGGCCUUGGUGGACCUAGGCUCCGGGCUGGAUGUGGAACUACCAGAGCUGCCUCGGCUAAAGCAAGAGCUGCAGCAGGCGCGCUGGCUGGACGAGGUGCGCCUCACCCUGCAGGAACCCCAGCGCUUUACCCUGGAGCUCAUGAAGCGACUCAUCGACUCAGGUGUGGGCCUGGCACCGCACCAUGCUGUGGAAAAGGCCAUGGCAGAGCUUCAGGAAAUCCUCACAGUGUCUGAACGCUGGGAGGACAAAGCCCGUGCCUGCUUACAGGCCAGACCUCGCCACAGUAUGAUCACCCUUGAAAGCAUUGUUUUAGAGGCAAAAAAUAUACCAGCCUACCUGCCUAAUGUUCUGGCCCUCAGAGAAGCCCUCCACAAAGCCAAAGAGUGGACAGCCAGAGUGGAAGCUAUCCAGAACGGCAGUAAUUAUGCCUACUUGGAUCAGUUGGAGGCACUGUUGGCAAGGGGCCGCUCUAUCCCUGUGCGUCUGGAUCCCCUGCCACAGGUUGAGUCCCAGGUAGCCUCGGCACGAGCUUGGAGAGAGAGGACUGCUCGCACAUUCCUCAAGAAGAAUUCUACUUAUACCCUUCUACAGGUCCUAAGUCCUCGCACAGACAUUGGUGUGUAUGGCAACAGCAAGAGCAAACGCAAGCGAGCCAAGGAGCUCCUGGAGCAGGAGCGUGGGCUGGAGCUGGACAGCCUAAGCGACCUUGAAGAGAGCCUUGAGGAGGUGCGUGAACCAUCUGCAGUAGUGGCAGCCUUCAAGGCCAAAGAGCAGCAAGAGUUGGAGGCCAUCCAUUCCCUCCGUGCUGCCAACCUGGCCAAGAUGGCCAUGGCUGACCGUAUAGAGGAGGUCAAGUUUUGCUUGUGCCGUAAGACGGCUGUGGGCUUUAUGCUGCAGUGCGAACUUUGUAAGGACUGGUUCCAUGGUGCCUGUGUGCCCCUGCCCAAAACGGGCUCACAGAAGAAGGUGGUAGCUGGCUGGCAGGGUAGCAGCAAGGAGUCUAAGUUCUUGUGCCCGCUGUGCCAGCGCUCACGGCGGCCUCGGCUGGAGACCAUCCUCUCGCUGCUGGUGUCCCUGCAAAAGCUGCCUGUGCGGCUUCCCGAAGGUGAGGCACUGCAGUGCCUGACUGAGCGAGCCAUGAGCUGGCAGGACCGAGCACGGCAGGCCUUGGCCACCGACGAGCUUUCUUCUGCCCUAGCUAAGUUGUCUGUGCUCAGCCAGCGCAUGGUUGAGCUGGCAGCACGUGAGAAGACUGAGAAGAUCAUCAAUGCAGAGUUGCAAAAGGCCGCAGCCAACCCAGACUUGCAGGGACACAUUCAGACGUUCCAGCAAGCAGGCUUCAGCCGGGCCACCUCACCACGGCCCUCGUUGGACUAUGAUGAUGAAGAGACAGAUUCUGAUGAAGACAUCCGUGAGACUUAUGGCUAUGACCUGAAGGAUUCUGGUGAGGUAAAGCCCUACUUGUUCUGUGAUGAGGAGAUCCCUGUGAAGUCAGAAGAAGUUGUCAGUCACAUGUGGCCAGCCACACCGUCUUUCUGUGCAGAACAUGCCUAUUCCUCUGCCUCCAAGUCUUGUCCCCAGAACCCAACCACCCCGCGCAAGCAGCCUAGGAAGACACCGCUAGUUCCCCGCAGUUUGGAGCCGCCAGUGCUGGAACUGUCUCCAGCUGCCAAGGCCCAGCUGGAGGAACUCAUGAUGGAAGGGGACCUGCUGGAGGUCUCAUUGGAUGAGACGCAGCACAUCUGGAGGAUUCUGCAGGCCACGCACCCACCCUCAGAGGAGCGCUUUCUGCAGGUCAUGGAGUCAGAAGAGGCUCUACUGGAGAAGCCAAUGAAGCUGAAGGUGAAGGAUGUGGAGAAGAAGAAGAAGAGAAAACUGGAAAGAGCAGAGCAGCAGCUGUUACUGGCUACAACGGGUGUGGAGGGCCGACCCAAAUGCAAAGACACAAAGAGGGUCCUGGAGGUGGGUGGUAAGCCCAAGAAAAAGAAGCUCAAGCUCAACCCGGACAGGUCACGGGAGCUCAAACAGUUAGCCAAGCGCCUUGCCAAGGAGGAGAAGGAGAGGAAGAGGAAAGAGAAAGCUGCAGCCAAAGCUGAGUUUGCCAAGGAAGGGCUUGAGAGGAAGAAGGAGAAGAAGAUCCUGGAUAUUCCCUCCAAAUAUGACUGGUCAGGUGCUGAGGACUCCAACGAUGAAAACGCUGUUUGUGCAGCAAAGAAUUGCCAGAGGCCGUGCAAGGACAAGGUGGACUGGGUUCAGUGUGAUGGCGGAUGUGAUGAAUGGUUCCAUCAGGUGUGUGUAGGCGUGUCGUGCGAGAUGGCCGAGAGUGAAGACUACAUCUGCUCAGCUUGCACCCGUAAGGCCGCAGGCUUCAGUGGGCCAGGGAUGGGUGUUAAGGUGGGCGUAGAGACUGUGGUCAUGACGUCGCCCGUGUGCAGCACCCAGACACUCUCCCCCAUUCCCCAGCCAGAGCCUCAGGAGGGCAGCUAGCCCAGAGAGCCAACCAGACUGCAUACAGUUCCUAGAGCAACUCCAUUUUAGUUCUGCACUGCCUCCACACCCUCAGCCAGUUGGAACGCAGAUCCAUGCUCCCUUCUUGUUUUGAUUAGUUGCCAGAAGGAGAAAGAGUGGACUAUGAUGCAGAAUUCCAGAGUUGCUGCAGUUUAUAAAAGCCUGAGGAAAAUGCAUGAGCGACAGUAACUUCCUGUCCAGGUGUUUUCAAUUGAGGGAUCUAUGCAUGUCGAUAUUUAAGUGAUCUGACUGGAGAAAUUCAAAAGAGGACAGAGUACACUGGGAAUCUUCCACCUCAUACCUUUGGAUUAUGAUCAUGAUCUCAAUCAAUAAUCAUUGUUCGCUAAUCUAAUGCGGAAUUUUCCUCCAAUAUUUGGCCAUAGAGCUGUUUUUAAGCUUAAGAUCUCAGUACCACCAUGAAUACACUCACAUUAGUGAGUUUGUCAUGAUUGGGCCAGUCUGUGUUUACACAGAUGUGUUUUGACCAGCCUACAUGAUAUUUUUUUUCCCUGUUGACAACUCUACCAGCAAAUCCAUAUCUACCUACACCGUGUAAAUUGGAGACCCCGGUAUUCCAUAGGACAGUGCUGAUCUGCGUCAGGCUUUCCAUCAUUACCAGCCUGUAGGACUACUAACCUGCUCAUCCCUUGGUGCAUAAACACGUUAUCACUCAAUAUGUAGAACUAGUUUAAAAUUGUUCUAUGUAGGUAAAAUAUUUAUGAUGUAAAUAGGUUUUAUGCAAUCCAUGUGAGUUGAUGUGGCUGUUUUCGUUGCUCACCUUUAUUAAAACUAUUCCUAGUGAAACAGUG